ACUAGCCCAACAGAUUUCGAGUCUGUCUCCUUAAGUUAACCACUCGGACAUAUCGACGAACAGGUUGGGGCUAUGGACAAAAAGGCUUUGAAUCAGGAUAAUAUACACAAUUCCUUUAAUUUGAAAAUAUAAACCCUCUUGUACUUUUCCCUCUUUCAGAACACAAGUCUUACAAUAACAUUUAUAACCCUAGACUUUGCUACAUCUAGUAGAUCGAUCGUGAUUAGAGUUAUUUUUCAAUGGGAGAUGCUGCUAGAAACUUCGAGAUGAAGAAUUUGAUUCCGUACAGUGACGAUUUAAUCAAUUUAUUGAAGUCUGAAAGAGACAGCGCUAAUUUGAGCAAGUUUUUGGAGCAAUUCAAUGUUCUUGUAUCGCAAUCCGAUGCCGAUUUCAAGGGCGUGGAGAGCUCGAUACUCGAUUAUCAGAAUAAAUUAGAUUCGUGCAACCAGAAAAUAGAUGCAGCAAAAUCAGAAGUUGCUUCAGACUCAGAACUUGAUAUGCUUCAGAAAGAGUUAGAAGAAGAACUCGAGAGAGAGCGUCUGCUCAAAGAUGAGCUUAGAUUGAUUACGCUUGACAUCAAUGAUCUAGAACAUCAGAGAGUUUCUAUUGAAGAAAGAAGAGAAAAUUUGAGGAAACUUGAUAAACGUGACUCCAGAGCACAGAUGAAGCUUUCGAUGUAUGCUUCAGUUACCAACAUCAUACCCAAGUUGGACGAGCAGCAGUCUGCAAUAUCAGGCCAUAUUGUAGAAAGAGAAAAGAAAGUAGUUCAGAACUUUGAAAUUGAUCCCCUGAAGAUGUCACCAUAUGAUACAUGUAACCACAUAUGGAAGAUGAUAAAUCCUUAACUGAUAUGUUACAUUCUUCCAUCAAAAGGCUAGUGGUUCGACAGUCCUGCAGUUAUUUAGUAAAUUACUGUUCAACUAUUUUAGUUUAAGCUGAGUUAUGUUGUAAUUCUGUAAAGUUUUGUCACAUUUUUACUGCAUUCAAAGAAUGGGAUGCUUCUGCAUCAAUGCUAGUCCCCAGCUGGUAUCAGUUAUAAUUCAACUUUUAAAAGCUCAUUGGUGGUUCCUUUAAAACUCAACUUUCUCACAUUAAAUUAAAAUUUUAGUGGUCAUAUUGUCCUUGGAAA